AUGGUUGCCAAUAAGAUCGCUAAGAAGUCGGACUUACAUGUUGCCAUUAUCGGUGAUGAGGAGACCGUAUCAGGUUUCUGUCUAGCUGGUUCGGGUAUGCGUGAUGGUAAUGGUAUUACUAACUUCCUCGUAGUAGAUGCCAAGACCCGACGUAAUGACAUCGAGGAAGCCUUUAAGACCUUCGUUGAGCGUCCCGAUGUGGCCAUCAUACCGAGUAAGGAGUCUCAUUAUAACCCAGCUCAGGAUUCCAUCAUGCAACGUGUGCAGAUGUUCUUCGGCCAGGCUUAA